GGGCGGGAGGAUAGAGGGGGAGGGGAAAUCGGAAGCGGGGAGGAGGGCAAGAGGGGGAAGAGGCGGAGGAGGUCGGGGUAAAAGAAAGGAAGGGGCCCCUUACUAGGCCUAAAUAAAUAAUUUUUUUCUUCAUUUUAUUUUUAUUUUUUCCAAAAAUAUUGAUAUGCUUUGUUUUUGAGCCAGAUACCAAAACAAAUAUAUUUUUGAACUUGCAUUCCGUUUUUGAUUCCAUCCAUCACUAGCCUGUCAGCUGUAGCUGCCUGCGACGAAAAACAACGUGUGGGGUGAAUGGCGAAUCGCCCGUUUUGCUGAAGAAUGACUCAAGGAGCUGUCUGCGCUCAAGAAAUGGCUUGGCAACCAAAUGAAGAUGGUUUGAAGCAGAUUUUGCAACUUCUCAAGGAGUCGCAAUCGCCUAAUACGGAAACUCAGGCGGCGGUGCAACGUAGACUCGAGGAGCUCAACAAGUACCCUGAUUUCAACAACUUCUUGGUCUAUGUCCUCACAAAGCUGAAAACUGAGGAUGAAGCAACACGGUCCCUGAGUGGACUGAUAUUGAAGAACAAUGUGAGGACAUACUUCCAGAAGCUACCACCUCAAGUUGCUAGCUUUAUCAAGCAGGAAUGCCUGAAUGCAAUAGGAGAUCCCUCACCCCUCAUCAGGGCAACCAUAGGUAUUUUAAUUACGACCAUCACCCAGAAGGGCGAGCUGACCUCGUGGCCGGAGCUGCUGCCGCAGCUGUGCAAUCUGCUCGACUCAGAAGACUACAAUGUGUGCGAGGGCGCUUUCGGAGCUCUGCAGAAAAUCUGCGAGGACUCGACCGAGAUGUUGGACAGCGAGGCCCUCCCGGACCGACCGCUCAACAUUCUCAUUCCGAAGUUCCUGCAGUUUGUGCGCCACACCAGCCCAAAAAUCCGAUCGCACGCGAUCGCCUGCGUGAACCCGUUCAUCAUCAACCGGACUCAGGCGCUGAUGGUGAACAUUGACACCUUUGUGGAGAACCUGUUCCACCUGGCCACUGAUGAGGACGCCGAGGUGCGCAAGAACGUCUGCCGCGCGCUGGUCAUGCUGGUCGAGGUGCGCAUGGACCGGCUCAUCCCGCACAUGAACAACAUCAUCGAGUACAUGCUGCUGCGGACCCAGGAUCCGGACGACACCGUGGCCAUCGAGGCCUGUGAGUUCUGGCUCUCGCUGGCCGAAGAGCCCGUCUGCAAGGAGGCGCUCUCGCCCCACCUGAACCGUCUCAUACCGGUGCUGGUCCGCGGCAUGAAGUACUCCGACUUUGACAUCAUGUUGCUCAAGGGCGAUGUGGAGGAGGACUCGAUGGUCCCUGACCGGGACGAGGACAUCCGGCCGCGCUUCCAUCGGUCGCGCACCCACCAGCUGGAGCACGAGAGUAACGGCGGCGCCGGCGGCGAGGGGGCCAGCGGACUCGAUGAGGAUGAGGACGGUGAUGGCUUCGACGAGGAAGGAUCGCUUUCUGACUGGAAUCUCCGGAAGUGCAGCGCGGCGGCUCUGGACGUGCUGGCGAACGUGUUCCACGGCGAGCUGCUGCCCGUGCUGCUGCCCAUCCUGAAGGAGACGCUCUUCCACCAGGAGUGGGUCGUCAAGGAGUCGGGUAUUCUGGCGCUCGGCGCCAUCGCAGAGGGCUGUAUGGGCGGCAUGAUCCCCCAUCUGCCGGAGAUUGUGCCCUACCUCAUCAACUCGCUGUCAGACAAGAAAGCGCUGGUGCGGUCCAUCACGUGCUGGACUCUGAGUCGGUACUCGCACUGGGUGGUACAGCAGCCGCAUGAACAGUACUUGAAGCCACUCAUGGGAGAGUUACUGAAGCGCAUUCUGGACCCGAACAAGAAGGUGCAGGAGGCAGCGUGCAGUGCGUUCGCCACACUCGAGGAGGAGGCCUGCACAGAGUUGGUGCCCUAUCUGGGCUUCAUCCUGCAAACCCUGGUCUACGCCUUUAGCAAGUACCAGGCCAAGAACCUGCUGAUUCUCUACGACGCCAUCGGGACGCUGGCCGACUCUGUGGGCGUCCACCUCAACAAGCAGGAGUACAUCGACCUGCUGAUGCCGCCGCUGAUCGUCAAGUGGAACGUGCUCAAGGACGAGGACAAGGACCUGUUUCCGCUGCUCGAGUGUCUGUCGAGCGUGGCGACGGCUCUGCAGAGCGGCUUCCUGCCGUAUGCUGAGCCGGUGUUCCGGCGCUGUGUGUCUCUGGUGGAGCAGACCAUUAACCACACCGUGGCGAACCAGCAGAACCCCCAGCAGGUGGACGCUCCCGACAAGGACUUUAUGAUAGUGGCGCUAGACCUGCUGUCGGGCCUGGCCGAGGGCCUGGGCGCCCACAUUGAGCCGCUCAUCAAGUCCUCCAACCUGAUGCAGCUGCUGUUCCAGUCGAUGCAGGACUUCAUGCCGGAGGUGCGCCAGAGCAGCUUUGCUCUGCUCGGCGAUCUCACCAAGGCCUGCUUCCAGCACGUGGCGCCCAACAUCUCGGACUUCCUGACGAGCCUGGCGCAGAACCUGAACCCCGAGCUGAUCUCCGUGUGCAAUAACGCCACCUGGGCCAUCGGAGAAAUCGCCGUCAAAAUGGGUCAGGAGAUGCAGACGUACGUUCCGAUGGUGCUGCCUCAGCUGAUCCUCAUCAUCAACCGGCCCAACACGCCCAAAACGCUGCUCGAAAACACCGCGAUCACUAUCGGUCGGCUGGGGCUUGUCUGUCCGAAGGAGGUGGCGCCCCACUUGCAGCACUUCAUUCGUCAGUGGUGCACCUCGCUGCGUAACAUCCGCGACAACGAGGAGAAGGACUCGGCGUUCCGCGGCGUGUGCCACAUGAUCACGCUGAACCCGAGCGGCGUCAUCACCGACUUCAUCUUCUUCUGCGACGCCGUCGCCAGCUGGGUCAACCCCAAGCCAGACCUCAAGGAGAUGUUCCACCGCAUCCUGCACGGCUUCAAAGACCAGGUGGGCGAGGAGAACUGGCGACGGUUCAGCGACCAGUUCCCGCCCAUGCUGAAGGAGCGGCUGGCCGUCAACUACAACGUCUGAGACGUAUGCCGUUAGGAACCCCAAACAAUUGGCGGGCCGUCGCGCGGGAGGCGGGAAGCGGGCAGUGGGGGCGACAUAUCAGCUGACUGCGGGCGGGCGGGCGGGUGGGCGCGCUACGUUAAGACACCCACACACACCUAUCGAUAGGCGCCUCGCGUCCUCUCUGUCCUCGCCCGUGUUAUCUAGUUAGGACUCUGUUGCGUGUUUUAGCCUGCUCUGACUCUGCGUGUGUGCGAUACGUGUAGGCCAACCGUCCUUGCAACUAACUGCGCCGCGCUACUCGCAUCGAGAGACGGAGAGAAUCGAAGCAGAUCGCUCGCGCCGCGACCGACCGGCACCGCGCGCGCGUGCGCCGCCACCACCGUAAUGCUGAAGUGCCUUGGCUGUGAUAGGUAUUCAAUUCAUUGAUCGCGGGCCAAAUUGUACCAUAGUCUGCACCGUUACGUUGUUCAUUCUGCCGUGUCCAUCGCCCGCGGUUGCGCGCGGCUGUCGGUGCCGUCAGCGCCUUCGUCACCGUCGUCGUCGUCGUCGCCGUCGUCGUUUCGUCGUGACAUCUUGUGCCGUAUUUUUGCUGUGCGCUGCCUCACGGCGCGCUAGGGUGCGCCGCGCGCGAGGGCGGGCGGGUGGGUCUGUGAUAGGUCGUUUAACGAGCGCUCCGUGUUUUAACGUAUUUCAGGGAAGCGUCGCUCAUAUGUAUUUAUGUUGAUUGCGUGCAUGAACGUCGUCUUUUUAUUUGUCAUUUUGUCGAGCUGUUAGGCGCGUUAACCAAUGUUAGGACGGUGCGUGGUUGUCCGUCGUCGUUUCUCAACUCGCGCUGGCCGCGCGCCCGAACCGUGUCGCCUUAUGUCCGACGGCUGGCCGUAGGGACCGCGGGUGGCUGCCGCGGGCACAGGUCCCUUCUCCGGCCUGCAACACUCAGACCCGCUCACACACGGACACGGACACAUCGUGUCUGUUGUCAAACCGCCCUACUUGAUACAUGCCCCGCAUUUUGUCGUACAGCUAUGAUAUCAACGAUGCACUCAACCGGUCCGAAUUACCAGCUGCCUGUGCGCUGUGUACGCCGGCCGUCCCGCGCCGCCGCGCGUCGUCGUGCGUCUCGUUCGUCUCGCGCCGCGUCGCGCCGCUCUCGGCGGCCACACCUGCGGCCUGACUCGCUCCGCGCGUUACCGGACGACGCGCUCGCCUCAUCUUACUAGUUCCUGUACAACCGCGUGCGCCUGGGUGCGGGCGCGUCAGUGUGCGUGUGUAGGCCUUGUGGCGACUGAGCCGCCUCUACUCGCCUUUCGUUGGCGUUGCAUGCUUUCUCCAUGUAUCCAGUAAUUACGUACACAUAGACACUCGCUGUCAACGUAUAAACGCAAAAGCGCGUAACGUGUGUACCCAAGUUGCUUGCAGGCUUCUAUCGAAAUUAAUUGAAAUAAGCACGGCUAUAAGAACGUGAGCUCGCCAUUUGGCCUAUAAUCUGUUACGCGCUUUUGUGUUUGUACCGCCUACAGACAGACACACACACUCGCAGUGAGACCGCGGGCCCGGCGCGGUCGCAGCCCGCCCGCUGCGGCGGUGUCUGUGACCGUGUGCCCGGGCCCGCGCCGUCUCCGGCGGUCCCGGGAGGUCUGUGAUAGGAGCGGCCGCGCCGCGCCGCGCCUCAUGUGAUUUUACGCUUAGGAGUGUGUGGACGCGUGACUUACUCUUUCGCCCCGCGCCGGCUGGUGUCCGAAUCGCCAGCCGGCCUGGUGGCUGGCCGGGGUAUUUUUAGGCAAAUUUUGAGGUCAGGUGUCGCCAAAUGGGUCCCCCGGGAGGGAGGGGGUGCGAGGGUCCCCACAGGAACAGCAGCGGGUGGGGGGAGGGGUAGCUGAUAAGCAUACAAUAAGGCUUGACGUUCUCUGUUGUAAGUCUCCUUGGCUUAAAAUUCUCCGUUAGCCGGUGUCCAGCUUCGGGAUUGUCCAGAACGGUCGGUUAUUAACUAGCAAAUAAAGGGAGGCGUUUCACCAUGUGUUACGGCUUUGAUUUGCGCUGUGAAAUAAUACACCUGGUGGCUGCACCUUGCCGGUGAA